AUGGAAAAACUACGUGCAUUAUCGCAAAGACGAAUCGCCCCGGUCGCUGAAGCGAUCGGCCUUCGGACUCGGCCUAGCACAAGAUGCCUGGCUCCAUGCUUCAGUCGACAUAGAGAGCAGUAUGCACGCCAGCAGCCCUUCACCGCAGGCUUGACUCAGGCUCGUUUAUCUUCUACCGCCUCGUUGAAGUAUGUGAGGCUGGAGAGGGAAGACCUGGGUCAGAGCCGCGGAUCCGUGGCCACAGUGAAGCUUUCCAAUCCCAAAAAGCUCAAUAUUGUCAACUCCGACACGCUGGUUGAGCUCACUGGCGCGCUUGAGACCUUGCAGUAUGAUGACAGCUUGCGUGCCGUUGUGGUGACAAGCGAAUCAUCCGAAUCCUUCACGCCAGCCUUCUGUGGCGGCGCCGAUAUUCGGGAAAUGAGCGCAAUUGCAUCGCCAGAGCAGGCCAGAGCGUUCAUUACCAAGAUCUACGAUGUCUGCGAAGCUAUUCGCAACAUCCCCGCCAUCACGAUUGCCCGAAUCGAUGGCGUCUGUCUUGGUGCUGGCUUGGAGAUUGUGGCGGCGUGUGACUUCCGCUAUGCAACCGAUCGCUCGAGGUUUUCAAUGCCUGAGGUCAAGAUCGGGAUUCCAUCAGUGGUGCACGCUCGGUCCCUGAUCAACAUAAUGGGAUGGCAGCGGGCCAAAAAGUUGAUGGCAUUUGCUGAGGUCCUGAGCGCCUCUGAAGCCGAGAAAGACGGUCUACUAGAUAAGCGAUACUCAACCACGACUGAGAUGGAUACUGCUAUUGGUACGGACGUCAAUGUUCUGGCUUUGCACGGGAGGAAAGGGAUGCACGCUCAGAAAAGGCUGUUCAAAGCAUGGGAAGAAUUGGAUUUCCAUACAGGUUUGCGCACCAGUAUUGACGCAUUUGCGGAGUCGUACAGCGACAGCGGCGAAGAACCAAGAUCCUUCAUGAAAGCGUGGAUCGAAGAGAAGAAGAACAGUAAGCCACCGAGGUAG